UAGGAAUGUAACAGCGAAUCCGUGGCCAGACGACUGACGGAUAGCGCCUCUGUGAAAUAGAAUGAACAUGUAUCUAACUGUGUUGUUGUUGGUGUUGACUUUAUAUGGUGUCCCUUCAACCGGACAAAAGAAAAAGGAGACCCUGCUCUCUGAGAAGGUAGGUCAGUUGAUGGACUGGACAGGGAGAAGAGCUGUGAUCCGUAUGAACGGGGAGAAGUUCCGUCGCUUUGUGAAGGCUCCUCCCAGGAACUACUCUGUGGUCAUCAUGUUCACCGCCCUGCAGCCACAGAGACAGUGUGGUGUCUGCAAACAGGCUGACGAGGAGUACCAGAUCCUAGCUAAUUCCUGGCGUUACUCCAGUGCCUUCACCAACAAGGUCUUCUUCGCUACCGUCGACUUUGAUGAAGGAUCUGACGUCUUUCAGAUGUUGAAUAUGAACUCGGCUCCCUCCUUCAUCCAUUUUCCUGCUAAAGGGAAGCCUAAGAAGUCUGACUCCUAUGAGCUGCAGGUCAGAGGCUUCGCUGCAGAACAACUGGCCCGCUGGGUUGGGGACCGCACUGACGUACAGAUCCGUGUGAUCCGUCCUCCUAACUAUGCGGGGCCGUUGAUGCUGGGAUUCCUGCUGGCAGUGAUAGGAGGACUGGCUUACCUCCGCAGAAACAACCUGGAAUUCCUCUACAACAAGAACGUCUGGGCCUUCUCUGCUCUGUGUUUCUGCCUGAUCAUGACUUCAGGUCAGAUGUGGAACCACAUCAGAGGACCUCCCUACGCCCACAAGAACCCCACCACUGGACAAGUGAGUUACAUCCACGGCAGCAGUCAGGCCCAGUUUGUAGCAGAAACUCACAUCGUGCUGCUCUUCAACUCUGCUGUUACCAUGGGGAUGGUGCUGUUGCACGAGGCUGCCACGUCAGAUAUGGACAUUGGCAAGAGGAAAAUCAUGUGUGUAGCAGGGAUCGGUCUGGUGAUGCUCUUCUUCAGUUGGCUGCUGUCCAUCUUUAGAGCUAAAUACCAUGGAUACCCUUACAGUUUCCUGUUGAGUUAGAGAGCUGGGAGGAAGAAGCCUGGAAGUUCCAAAGUGCCUCGGACGCCUCACACCACAACACAACAACAACAACACAACACACCACAACACACCACAACAACAACACACAACAACACACAACAACACACACCACCACAACACCACAACACAACAACACACCACCACAACACACCACAACAACACACCACAACAACACACCACCACAACACAACACCACCACAACAACACAACAACAACAACAUAACACAACACCACAACAACGACACACCAUCACCACAACACCACAACACCACAACACACCACCACAACACAACAACACAACAACACAACACCACAACACACCACCACAACACAACAACACAACAACACAACACCACAACACACCACCACAACACACCACAACACCACAAUAUAACACCACCACAACACACCACCACAACACACCACCACAACAACACAACACCACAACACAACAACAACACACCACAACACCACAAUAUAACACCACCACAACACACCACCACAACACACCACCACAACAACACAACACCACAACACAACAACAACACACCACAACACCACAAUAUAACACCACCACAACACACCACAACAACACACCACAACUCAACAACACCACAACACACCACAACAACACACCACAGAAACACACCACAACAACACAACACAGCAACACACCACAACAACACACCACAACUCAACAACACACCACAACUCAACAACACACCACAACACACCACAACAACACACCACAACAACACACCACAACAACACAACAACACAACACAACAACAAACCACAACAACACAACAACACACCACAACAACACACCACAACACCACAGCAACACACCACAACAGCACACCAAAACAACACAACAACACCACACUACCACAACAACACACCAACACAGGACAACAACACACAACGACACACCACAAGAACACACCAGAACACACCACAACAACACAACAACCCACCACAACAACACACCACCACAACAACACAACGCACAACCCACCACAACAACCCACCACAACAACACACCACCACAACAACACAACGCACAACCCACCACAACAACACACCACCACAACAACACACCACCACAACAACACAACGCACAACAACACACCACGACAACACACCACAAGAACACACCAGAACACACCACAACAACACAACAACCCACCACAACAACACACCACCACAACAACACACCACGACAACCCACCACAACAACACAACAACCCACAACAACCCACCACAACAACACACCACCACAACAACACACCACGACACACCACCACAACAACACACCACCACAACAACACACCACCACAACAACACACCACCACAACAACACAACACACAACAACACACCACAACAACACACCACGACAACACACCACAACAACAUAACACACCACACUACAACACACUGUUCAUCUGGCUUUGGCUUUAUCUCCUCUGUUACUAGAAACUACCAGGAAGACAUUGUUUACAAUGACAUUUACAAAGUUCAGACUGUCUUUUUAUAAAUAAAUAAAAUAGAUAUGAAGGUGACCUUUGACACCAGAUUGGUCAUAACAGCCAGUACUACCUACAGUAUGGUGGUGAUGAUGUUCUACCUACAGUAUGGUGGUGAUGAUGUUCUACCUACAGUAUGGUGGUGAGGAUGUUCUACCUACAGUAUGGUGGUGAGGAUGAAUAACCUACAGUAUGGUGGUGAUGAUGUUCUACCUACAGUAUGGUGGUGAUGAUGUUCUACCUACAGUAUGGUGGUGAGGAUGUUCUACCUACAGUAUGGUGGUGAUGAUGUUCUACCUACAGUAUGGUGGUGAUGAUGUUCUACCUACAGUAUGGUGGUGAUGAUGUUCUACCUACAGUGUGGUGGUGAGGAUGUUCUACCUACAGUAUGGUGGUGAUGAUCCUUAUCCUCCAUUUCCUCUAUGUAGAUAGAACAUCCUUAUCCUCCAUUUCCUCUAUGUAGAUAGAACAUCCUUAUCCUCCAUUUCCUCUAUGUAGAUAGAACAUCCUUAUCCUCCAUUUCCUCUAUGUAGAUAGAACAUCCUUAUCCUCCAUUUCCUCUUUCUACAUGGAGGAUAAGGAUGUUCUGUCUACAUAAAGGAAAUGGAGAUAUUGGUGUACAUUAUUUGUACUGGUCAAUGCAUCUAAAGCAUUAUGGUUCUACACAUGUUGUACCGGUGUUGAUGAUCAGUACAGACUGGGUUAGAGAAAGAAGAGGGUCUGUAACUGAGUGUUGGUGUAUGGAGGGUUAUGUGAUAUCUGACUGAGCUGCUGUAUGUCUCUGUCUGUCUCAGGUGGUGAUGAUGCUUGUUGCCAUUAAAGUGCCUUAAUGACUA